AUGGAUUCGCCUCGGAGUUGGGUGGUCGCCGUGGCUUGCUGCUGGAUAAACGUGUUCACUUUCUCCGUGGUCCGCUCAGCCGCCGUGGUGUACGUGGCACUGCUGCAUGCCUUCCCGGUGACCAGGGAGAGGGCGUCGUGGCCCGCCAACCUUUCUGUCGUCUGCUACUUCUUUACAGGUCCCAUUGCCGGAGUCCUGGCCAGGUACAUACCGAUAUGGAAGCUGUCCGUGGUCGGUUGCCUCGGCGGUUCGCUCGCCAUAUGCGCCUGCUUCUUUGCGCCCUCCAUGGUUUUUCUGGACGUCUUCCUUGGCUUCGUCCAUGGCACCAGUAUCGGUUUGCUGAGCCUCUUCAGCGUCGUGGUAAACGAACACUUUCUCAAGUACCGCGCAGCGGCCUCCGGCAUCGCCAACGCGGGCUUCACAGUUGGAGGACUUGUAUUCCCUCCGGUGAUGAAGGCACUGGAGGAUAAAUACGGAAUCCAAGGCACAUUCUUGAUUGUUGGAGCUGUCAUGCUCAACGCGAUGGCUGGUGCUUUGCUGCAACGCACUCCACCGGUGGCUCAACCGGAACGAGACAAAACUGGGGCCUCAACCCACGAUUUGGAUGUAAGAGAUAUUAUCCACAAAAAUGGCGGCGAAUUGGUGGGACGGUGUUCUUAUAGUCCACACCCACACGAUGACGCAAAUCUUUGUGGAUGCAACGGUAAUCCCGAUCAAGGUUUCCAGAAGGUACAUCUCUUGACAACUGAAGGAUACGACCUCGAUGGCAAUCAGCCUAAGAGGAAAGAAACAAAGCUUGGUAGCACUGUUUCAACCGAUGUCAACGAUUCGAAAAGGGACGUUUACUAUCCGGUGGAGAAGCACGCUGUGCCAGAGCUAGUCGCAAAGAACGGAGUUCAAGAACCUUUGAACGGAGGACCUAGAAGUGCCAAAAGAGAACAUUUUCUCUCUUUUCUCUUGUUACCUGAAUAUUAUCUCAUCGCCUUUUCGUUCUCCGCCAUACACUUUAACAUGACUAUGUAUAAUACUGUCGUAGUCGACUUUGGAGUAGACCGUGGGAUAUCUGCGUGGAACGGGGUGUACCUGAUAUCAGUCUACGCGGUGGCCGACCUGCUGGCUCGGCUCGGCUCUGGUUUGAUUACGGACAGAAAGUACCUGCGAAAGAGCACCAUGAUGGGGUCUCACCUGGCACUUUGGGGUGCAUCGCUCUGCCUGAUGCCGCUGUGUAGCUCGUAUCCAAGCCAGGUGGCUCUGUCACUCUUAUUUGGAUGGUGCAACGGGUCAACGAUAAUACUUAUAGUGGUGCUCUUCAUGGAGUUGGUGGGCAUCGACAAGGUCGGCGUCUGCUUCGGAAGUGCCAAUGCAGUCGCCGGACUUGUGGGACUCGCAAGGCCGUUGGUGAUAGGAUUCUUCAGAGAUACUCACGGGGACUACGCUGGCUUAUUCAUCCUCAUCGGGGGAGUGACGAUGUGCGUGUCUCUGCUGUGGUUGUAUUAUCGCAUGAGAGAACGGUGCCCAUCGACGACAAAAGACGGCCACUCGUCGAGAAUCCGCCCAAAACUUAAUGGCCGCAUCUCUACGUCGACAACGGCGUCUCCCAGCAGUCUACAAUUACUCCAGUUUUCCCGAACACGCCGCUACAAUCGUGUCAUGGACUCCUCUAGGAGCUGGCUCGUGGCAGCCGGCUGCUGCUGGGCCAACAUCUUCUGCGUCAUCAUGACCCGAUCCGGAGCCAUCAUCUACGUCGGCAUCAUAGAGACCUUCCAGGUGACGCGAGAAGAAGCCACCUGGCCGGGCACCGCGUCGGCCACAUGCUACUUCACUGCAGCCCUGGUAGCCGGCAUCCUUGCGAGGCACGUGGUGGUAUGGAAGAUUACCUUCACUGCGUGCAUUGUCGCUGCCACCGCUCUGUCGUUGUGCUUCUUUGCCACCGGCGUCACCUACCUUGCCCUGCUGUACGGAGUCCUUCAUGGAUGGAGCGUCGGUCACCUAACCCUGUCAAGCACGGUGAUCAACCAGCACUUCCUCAAGUACCGCGCCGUGGCCUCCGGUCUCAACCUGGCUGGCUUCUCUGUGGGCGGUCUCAUCUUCCCACCGACAAUCCAGUAUUUCUUUGACCAGUUCGGCUUCCGGGGUGCAUUUUUACUCGCCGGAGGGACCAUACUUAAUGCGACCGUUGGCACGCUACUACAGCGCAUACCCGCUCCAAAACAGCCUGGUCAACCUAAAGACAAACCUGUCAAAUCUUCCGAGGACGGUGAUAAGCAAGUACCUGGGUCAAUUACUGUCUCUACAGCACAUGUCGUUCCAGAAGUAAACUGCACACCAGCCUGCGACUUAGACAAGGCCUUUCAAGCGGAACGCGUCCGUUCUAUCAGGGUUGUGGACGGGGACGACAUAGAAGAGGUGACUGGAGUCGAUGGUGCAUCUCGAGAAAAGGACUGUCGGAAAUGUGGCGAGGAAAAUGGUGGCUUCGAGCCUUGUGAAACCACAAAUGGACACAUCUCGACAGAAAACGUGCAGGUGGUUCGGUGCCCGGGGCGGUUUUCGAGCUUCAAUGAAAAUAUUAGUAGUAGUUCACGGGAAGUCGAAAAAGCAAGAGAACGAGCAACGUCGGCGAUGGCGACUACAGCACCCCCCAUCCAAGGCGUCCGUAUAACGGAACACGGUGUUUGCAAUGAAACGCGGGAUCGUGCCGCGCAUUUUCAGUUUACAGCACAAAAUACGGAGCAAAACUGUGGCGCGAAGCAUUCGCAUAGCGAACUCUCGGUGACUCACGUUGGAAAUGUGGAUACGAAAGAGGCGCGAAACCAGCAGGGAGGUGUAAAGAUCAAACUAUUGGCGACCAAGGAACUGUUCAGUUUUCUCGCGCUCACCAAGUUCUAUGCUGUAGUUCUGUCCAAGAUUGUGAUGGUAACAAAUUCCAGUAUAUUUUCAACUGUCAUCAUCGACUUCGCCCUGGACCACGGCAUAGACAGAUGGAAGGCACUCACUCUGAUUUCGGCGUUCACUGCCACGGACCUGACGGCCAGGCUUACUUCUGGGUGGAUCACGGACCGAAAGAUCUUCUCAAGGAGCACGUUUAUGGCACUUUGCUUGGCGGUCUGGACAGCCGUCGACAUUGGCUUCGCGUUUGUUGAUUCGUACGUCGUGCUUGUGAUUUUGUCCGGCGUCGCGGGCUGGUGCAAUGGUUCGACGCAGCCACUGGUUCCCGUGUUGUUCAUGGAAGUAGUGGACAUCGGUCGCUUCAGUGUAGCCUAUGGCUUCAGCUCCUUCUUAGUGGGACUUACGGCAUUGUCAAGACCCUCCCUAACAGGUUACUUCCGAGACAAGCUGGGAAACUACUCUGGCCUGUUCCUCGCAAUAGCGGCGUUCACCGCACUUUGUACGAUACGUUGGACCUACGCUGCCCUGCAAGAAAGAUGCUGUCGGGACGGACGGAAGAAAUAAACCACUACGGAAUCACCGGAUUUUCUUCUCCCGCACCCAUUUGUCCGCUCUGUACGUUUGGACUCGUCAAAGAAAGUAUACAGGCCGGCCGCUGCAA